AGACACAGGGUAGACAUUCUGGGCAUGCUAUUGUCUGGGCAUGAUGGGAAUAGUAAUUUUGCAACAGCUGGAGGCACAGUGGUUGGCAAACACAGGGGUAGACUUUCUGGGCAUGUAGCUUUAGCUUUGCAUCAUAGUUCAUAUUGACUGAUAACAUGGAAAGUUCUGCAAUGUUUCUUCUGUAGGGUGUGGAGGCAUGAAGCAAGCUGUGUGCACUUUAGAAAAAAACUUACUGAACUUCUGGUUGUCAGAUGUGGAUAGUGGAGCAGGACUCCUCCCAGAUGAUGGGGGUGAUGAUUAGUAAGUGCCUCCCCCUCCCCCUGUCCUAUUCUACACUUUCACUGAUGAUGAUUUAAAGGCAGCUCCCUAGAAUGUAAAUGAACUGUGUCCAGGUCAUUGCCUACAAGUUGUGCAGAUCCUCCUCAUCAUCCUCCUCCUCAUCAUCAUCCCAGGCGGCUCCAGCCCUUCCUUCCAGGCACUUCCUUCCUUCCUCUCUUCUCCUGGGCUGUAGGGAGGGCUGGGAGCAUAUAAACUUGGGCACAAACUUAGAGACAUGACACAGAGCUCAGAGGGUUGUGGACCUUUUAGGACUUCCGAGCCGGGACACUUGCACUUUCCCCGCAUUCUCCUCUUCUUCCAAGUGUGCGCUGGCUCCCUGGUGUCCUGGAGGUGAUGCUGCUGCUGCACAUUCUCUGGACUGCGCUGCUCUCCAUGCACUUGGUGCAUCUGGCUUUACUGGAUGAAGUCCCCUCGGAGUUUGUCUGCUUAGACUCCACUUGUUUCUCUAUCUCCUGGGAUUCCCAGCGUUACUCCAAGGCCAAGAAGUCCUGCAAAGUGAAGAAGGGACAACUGCUGACUGUGAAGAACUCGGUGAAGGGCGAUGCCAUCUCUAUGUUCAUGGCCAGGGCGCACAAAGAAGAUGCCAGGGUGUGGAUAGGGCUGGAGCACCCACCUAGAAGCAAAUGCACAGACCUGCUGCAGCCCCUGAGAGGCUUUAGGUGGGUGACAGGUGACAAUCACACUGACUAUACCAACUGGAGGAAUGGUGAGCAGAAGUGUGAUGCCUCCCCCCUCUGUGUGACUGUGCAUAAAGAUGGCACCUGGGAAGAGACCAGUUGUGACUACAAGGCUGAUGGCUACCUGUGUGAGAUAAGUCAUUCCUUACCCUGUUCUCCUCUUACUUUACCUCCCAGCUACACCAUCACCUAUUAUCACCCUGCCCUUGGAAUGGGCACCAUUGGUGACCCUGUGGUCCCACCUGGCACCAUUGCAGAGAUCUCCACCUUCCCUAUCACUACCAACCUAUCUUGUGUAGAUAAAAGUGAUGGGACUGUGGCUUGGAGCAGGGAGACCCCCGGUCCCUGGAGCUGUCUGAUUGAGAAUGGGGGCUGUGAGCAGGACUGUGUAGAAGUAUCAGGGACUGCAGAGUGUAAGUGUCCUUCAGAGUCAGAGCUUAAAGCUGACCUCAGGGGCUGCACCAAACCCUGUGACCCCAGUCCCUGCAGCCAGCACUGUGUCCCAGAUCCGAGUCCACCAGGGUUCUUCUGUAUGUGUUCUGAAGGCUAUACACUAGCAGCUGAUGGCAAAACAUGUGAAGAUAUUGAUGACUGUGCAGCCAACCCCAAUAUCUGUGAGCACCACUGCACUAACACAAUUGGGGGCUUUGUCUGUGGCUGUAAACCUGGUUUCGAGAUGGUGGAGGCGACCUGUGACCCUGGAGAUACCUGUGGGUCAGUCUGCCUGGACAUUGAAGAAUGUCUCCAUCCCCUCACCCUCUGCGAACAUGGCUGUGAGAAUUUCCCAGGGGGCUACAGAUGUGUUUGUGAUGAAGGGUUUGUCAUUGAUGAGAAAAAUCCCCAAAAAUGCAAAAGAUUCUGCAACACCUCAUUCUGUGAGGCUGAAUGUGACAUCUAUGAGAGCUGCAAAUGCCCAGAAGGCUACAUAGUGGAUCAGAAUGAUGAUGGGGACAAUAUCUGCAGUGAUUUGGAUGAGUGUGAGUCUUCCAUAUGUGACUGGCUUUGUAUUAAUACAUUUGGCUCCUACUCAUGUACUUGCCCUGAGGGUUACACUGCCCUGGAUGAUACAUGUAUCCCACCACCUGAGGGAUCAGGUGACACAGAACCCCCAUCAUCUACACCCCCUCCUACCUCAUCACCCACCUCCAGACCCCCAGACAUCCACAGUGUGCAGCCCGCCAUGUUAUUGGGAAUAUGUAUAGGAAUUAUAUCCAUGUUAACAGUCUUGUUGGCCAUCCUCUGUCACAUGUUGAGGAAGCACUACAUAGAGGAGCAUGCCCUGGACUAUAAGUGUAAGAAUGCGGAGAAGGAUGUGGUACUCCAACAAGUAAUGACAGAGCCACAACACAAACUUUAAUAGGGACAUUUAUGUGGACCAUCCUCAGAUCAAGAAGAAGCCAAGUGACCAGUUUGGGACUGGGACUUGUAGUCACACUGGAGUCACAGGCUACAGACUGAACCAGGACCCAUGGUCAAAUUUGUGCUUUGAGUUCUGUAGAUACCAUAGAGCAGUGGUCUUCAACCUGCGGACUUGCAAAACUACGACUCCCAGCAUGCCCGGACAGCCGUUGGCUGUCCGGGCAUGUUGGGAGUCGUAGUUUUGCAACAUCUGGAGGUCCGCAGGCUGUAGACCACUGCCAUAGAGGUUAUCUAUACAUGUGUAAUAUAUGUAAUAGUGUAAAUAUAUGAAGUGAAUACAGAUAAGAAGCAGAGGUUUAUGGUACACAGGGUGAUUCCCUACAGCAAUCACACUUUAUCUUCUUUCUUCUCUUUCACACUGUGUUUUUCUAUGUUGUCUACCUUUUUUCUCUUUCACUUUUAGUCUUUCUUUUUUCCCUUUCUCUAUCCCUUGUUUUAUUCUUUCUUUUUGUUUCUCUUUUUUCUAUAUUUUUAUUUUAUGCUCUCUUAUCUCUCUUACAUUUUCAUUCUGAUUUAUUCUCUUCCCACAUUCUAUUUUUAAUUAUUUUUCUACUUACUUAUAUAUUUUUUCUCUAUUUUUCUAAUUU